AUGGUGGACGGCGUCAAGACGAAUCGCAAGCUGAUCUCGUGGCAAGAAGUGCAGCAGCACUCAACAAGCGACAAUGCGUGGAUCGUCAUCCACCACAAGGUCUACGACAUCAGCAAGUGGGACUCGCAUCCAGGGGGCAUGGUCAUGUUAUCCCAAGCAGGAGAAGAUGCGACUGAUAUAUUUACAGUGUGCCACCCGACAAGUUCAUGGAAACUGUUGGAGCAGUUUUACAUUGGUGACGUGGACGAGAGCUCUGCACUGAACCUUGAGGCUCUUACUGACGAGCAGCGAGCGGAGAAAGCCAAGACGGACGAGUUCAUCACUGCCUACCGUCGCUUACGGAUGAAAAUCAAAGGCAUGGGGCUCUACGAUGCCAGUCUGGUCUUCUACACGUGGAAGAUCCUGAGCACCUUUGGGCUCUGGAUGGCUUCGGUCGCCCUGUGUUACCACUCGGACAGCUGGUCACUGUACAUACUUGCGGCUUGUAUCAUGGGCUUGUUCUGGCAGCAGUCGGGAUGGCUUGCACACGAUAUUUUACACCAUCAAGUGUGGGAGAACCAUAUGAUCGGCAAUGUCAUGGGUGUGAUUAUUGGCGAUAUUUGGAUGGGCUUCAGUAUUCAGUGGUGGAAAAACAAGCACAACUUUCACCAUGCCGUGCCCAAUUUGAUUGGUGACAAGAAUACCGAAUACCUGGGCGAUCCUGACAUUGACACAAUGCCUCUGCUGGCUUGGAGCAAGCAGAUGGCUUCAAAAGCGUACGAGUCGAGCUGGGGACCAUUUUUCGUGAGCCAUCAAGCCGUGAUCUACUUUCCACUUCUGCUCUUUGCUCGAUUUAGUUGGCUGCUGCAAAGCUAUUACUACGUGUUUGACGGCUUUGCCUUUGGCAAAUACGAUCCGGUUGUCCUUCCAAAUGGCGAGAAACUGGGCCUCGUCUUGCACUAUAUCUGGAACAUACUGCUGCCGGUCUUCACGGGCAUGUCCGUUGCUCAGGGUCUGGCAUUCUUUCUGGUCGCACAAAUGUCGUGCGGAGGCUUUUUCGCGGCAGUUUUUAGUGUUGGUCACAACGGCAUGUCAGUGUACGAACGUGAAGACAAACCGGACUUUUGGAAGCUACAAGUUACGACGACACGUAACAUUACGCCGGGGCUGUUCAUCAACUGGUUUUGUGGCGGCCUGAACUUCCAAGUGGAGCACCAUUUGUUCCCCUUGAUCCCGCGCCACAAUCUGGAGCGAGUGAAUCCGCUUGUCAAGUCGCUCUGCAAGCAGUACGACAUGCGUUUCCAUGAGACAGGAUUCUACCGUGGACUUGUUGAGGUCGUCGACGAGCUGGCUGAGAUCAGCAAGGAGUUCCUGCUUGAAUUUCCCGCCAUGUAA